AUGGCCACUGAAGGUUCUGACGCUGGCCUCAAAGGCCUGCCCAGCCGUGCAUGGUCCUGUGAAACCCUAUGUAACAGUGCCUCCUUUGUUGUGCGAAAUGCUUCUAUGAUGCAGCAAGGGGACUUUUCGAACAUGCCGGAGGAUGAACUAGAAUUGCAGCUUCAAGCAUUGGAGGCUGCCCGGUCGAGCCUCGACAUGCAGCCACGGGUGCCCCUGCAACAGAAAGAGCCGAAGGAGGAUAAGAUUGCUGAAGGGGCUUCUGUUCUUGGUUCUGCACAGCCGCCCCCGCAGCUGCCUACUCCGACGCAGUGCCGGCCUACUUCGCUUUUGAAGUCCCUGACCCUUGCAGCCAAUCCGAGUCCGCAAAGUUUGAGCAAGCCCCUUCACGAGCCGAGUUCCCAGGUUUCAACAGAGUGCGCAGAGCCAAAGAAGUCGAGACCGACCAACACGCCGAGACUGGAGGUUUCGGAAAGGUCUGCAGAGCCCGUCAACAAGCCGAGUCCCGAGGUUUCCACAAGGUCUGUGCAGGCCGAAAAGCCGAAUCUUGGGGUUCCCGCUGCAAAGCAGACUGAUGCUGACUUCCAGAAGCAUCUUGCCAGCAUCGCCACAGAGGAGACUGACACCCAGCUGCAGGACACGAUGGUUGACCAGAAAACGCAAGACAGCCAGCAGCCAGAUCGCCCCGUGAAAACGGAGCAGGAGAGUCCUUCGAAGGUUCCUUUGCUGGACGACAAAACAGCACCUCGACCUGAGCUUGGUGAGCACACACUCACCCAGGCAGCCAUCUCUGCUAGGUCAAGGAGGAUGUUUACCUUAAGAAGCAAUGGCACCAAGAAGGUCAGCGAAGAGGUUUGGAAUGAGUGGCACAAAGGGAAAGGGUCCAAGGAACGCCAGCGCUUGGAACAGAUCUUUGCCCGGUGUGGGUACUCUCAUGAAGUGUUCAUCUCCGAAGUCGAGGUUCUGAGGCAGGAGCUCAUUGAGAAAGAUGUCACGAUCGAAGGGAAAUUCAUGACUGAUGAGAUGAUGAUCGAGGAAGGCAUCAGCGAGCAGCGGCGCGAAGCGAUCAAGAAACAUUGCAGAAGCAACCCGCGACAGCUCAUGAGGAGGGACACCUACGAGCGGCACGUGAUCCACUACUACGUUGAGUUGGUGGUCAAAGGCUACUGCAAGCAGAACCAGAAGAUGCAGCUUAGCAAGCGGGCCAAUUGGGAGGAAGAGGGUCUCGACGGCCUCGGAAGCUUUGAGCACGAAGGAGGAGAGGAUGGGCCCUUUGAGCCGGAAGAGGUUCACGUCAUCACAGAUGACGAAGAAGCCAUCGAGAAGGAGCAGGAGAGGGAGGAGGACAAGAAACAGGUGGGGCUUCCGGAGUAUGACCCCGAUCAGUGCAUGGUGACCUCCAUUCCGAAAUUCCAGGCUGCCUUGGCAAAACGCAUUGGCAAGAUGGAGCUGCUCAAGGACAAGUUCGACAAGGCCGAUUCUCUUACAACCACUCAGGACGAGUUCCACAAGGCCAUCCAGACCAACAUCGAAGAGAUGAAAGCCCAAGACAAAGUCAUUGCAGACCUCUACGCCAAGUCUGUGGUUCAAGGUUUCAACAAAACGUCACAAGCCCAUGCGAGGGAGCAGAUGGAUGCAGCUCAGAUGAAGGCUGCUGAGUCCCUGGGCCUCGAAACCCGCUGCAGGCCAUUCAUCCCGAAACUGGCAGCGAAGGGCAAGCCGGGUGGGAAGGCCAAAGCGGCUCCGAAGAGACAAGUGAAAGCCAAGGCCAAGGCUUCUGCGAAGGGACACUUAAGUGCAUGUGCAGAGCUCUGUGCCAAUGGUUCCUAUCCAAGUGAGCUGGAAGAGGAGGCCUUUGAUGGCCCGGGGCGGUUUGCUGAAGUCUAUGCUGAAGCUUUCGCAGAUUGUGUCCCAGCUACAACACUACAGACCUUGGCAGCCAACGCCAGAAGCGAUGUGCCGAGAGACCUCGGCAGGUCUAGUGCUCCGACACAGAAUGCAUUUCGUGAUGCUGAUCGACUUGUGAAGAAAUGGGGCCUUCGUUGGAAUAUUCCACUAUCAACCUAUGAACAUUCCUCCGAGUACCGGGUGCCCUACCUUUCUCCAAGGGCACUGCUGACGCACCAUUUGUCAAAGACCCCGGAGCUACUGUGUGGUGGGCUACGGGAUCUUGAAGCUGCCAAGCCCCACCUUCAGAGUUUCUGGGAUGCUUACAGGUUGGCUCACCCUGAACAUCAGAUCUUCAAAGAAGCUGCCAGCGGAACUCUGCUGUUACGCACAACAAUACCUGUUCUUUUCCAUGGAGAUGAGGGACGAGGGGUACGGAAGGGCAACACGACAGUGUGCUCACUCGAAAGCCCUUUAGGACUGGACAGCCACACUUCAGAGAAGUACGAUGUUAUGGAGUGCUGCAAACAAAAUGCUGCUAACGAUGUUCUACUGUGCGACAAUCAAAACUUGAACCUGAAGUUCCACUCCUACCUGACCAAGCUCCUGGUUUUCUUACUCCCCGGGAAGAUAUACAAGAACAGUGAUGUCAUGACCGGGCUCUUGGAAGUUGUCUUUCGAGACCUGAGGUCUCUUUUCUAUGAGGGCAUCGUUGUGCGCAACCAGGUUUACAAUGUGGCUUGUGUGGGCUGCAAGGGAGAUCUUGCUUGGUUUGCAAAACUUGGUCAGCUCGACAGGUGCUUCCUGCACCUGUCGUAUGUUGAAGAUCGACUGAUGUGCCAUGAGUGCCUGGCUGGAACCAGCGACAAACCAUUCGAAGACCUCAGCAGGGUGCCGGCUUGGUCAUCUACGAUUUAUGAGCAGCGUCCAUGGUCACAAAGCCCAAAGACGGGACUGCUUCAGGUUCCGUUCGACAAAACGAAGCCCGAAGCAAUUCUUAGAAGGGACAUUUUCCACAAUUCCAAGGUGGGUGUUCUACAAGAUUACAUAGCUAGCAGCAUGUUGCUUAUUAUCGAGUUGGGCUACUAUGCUGUGCCUGACCGGGCUGGGAACUCGAGGAAUUCUACACUGGAACGCUUGUUCGGUCACUUCAAGCUCUUUUGCUCCGUGAAGGGUGCUGCUCCGAACAUGCAUGGUUUCAACAAGAGUUGGCUCAAUGCUUCGACGCGGAAGCAUUACCCAUGGGCAAAAUGCAAAGGAUCCGAUGCCAUGCUGCUGGUGGAAUGGAUCGAGCUCUUGUGCACUUCCUGCCUCCACAGAAUCCUGGAACCCGGUCACACAAGGGUUCUGGAAGGCAUCCAAGCAGGGGCUGCUGCAGCUCGCACAUUUUUGAAGGCGAUGUACCAGCAUGGUUUGUGGUGGAAGCAAUCCUGUAGCAAGUAUAUUCUACAGCAUGGCAACAGGUUUUUGAAAUGCUACAACUUCAUGGCUCACCUUUGCCUGCAUGACUUGGGCGGUUUCGCUGGCUACGCAAUGAAGCCUAAGCUGCACAUGCUGUGCCACACAGUGUCUGAAAUCCGAGAAAGGCUGCCGCACAGGCGACAGCCAUCGUGUCUUAUGUAUGGAUGCGAAGGCAACGAAGAUUUCAUCGGCCGGAUUUGCCGGCUGUCGAGAAAGAUGCACCAGCGCCGUGUAUGUGAACGUGUUAUUACCAUGUACCUCACCAAAGCUUUUAGCCUUCAUAGGAAGUACUUGCGUUCCCCUGAAGUUGGAAAGAAGCGCAAGCGUAAUUAA